UCUCCAAAAUCAUAGUGAGUUCACGAGUUAUACAACUCCCCAACAUCAUGGUGAGUUCACGAGUUAUACAACUCCCCAACAUCAUGGUAAGUUCACGAGUUAUACAACUCCCCAACAUCAUGGUGAGUUCACAAGUUAUACAACUCCUCAAAAUCAUGGUGAGUUCACGAGUUAUAUUAUACAGGUCCCCAACAUCAGGGUGAGUUCACAAGUUUUAUUAUACAGGUCCCCAACAUCAGGGUGAGUUCACAAGUUAUAUUAUACAGGUCCCCAACAUCAGUGUGAGUUCACAAGUUUUAUUAUACAGGUCCCCAACAUCAGGGUGAGUUCACAAGUUAUAUUAUACAGGUCCCCAACAUCAGGGUGAGUUCACAAGUUUUAUUAUACAGGUCCCCAACAUCAGGGUGAGUUCACAAGUUAUACUAUACAGGUCCCCAACAUCAGGGUGAGUUCACAAGUUAUACUAUACAGGUCCCCAACAUCAGGGUGAGUUCACAAGUUUUAGUAUACAGGUCCCCAACAUCAGGGUGAGUUCACAAGUUAUACUAUACAGGUCCCCAACAUCAGGGUGAGUUCACAAGUUGUAUUAUACAGGUCCCCAACAUCAGGGUGAGUUCACAAGUUGUAUUAUACAGGUCCCCAACAUCAGGGUGAGUUCACAAGUUGUAUUAUACAGGUCCCCAACAUCAGGGUGAGUUCACAAGUUAUAUUAUACAGGUCCCCAACAUCAGGGUGAGUUCACAAGUUUUAUUAUACAGGUCCCCAACAUCAGGGUGAGUUCACAAGUUAUAUUAUACAGGUCCCCAACAUCAGGGUGAGUUCACAAGUUUUAUUAUACAGGUCCCCAACAUCAGGGUGAGUUCACAAGUUAUAUUAUACAGGUCCCCAACAUCAGGGUGAGUUCACAAGUUAUAUUAUACAGGUCCCCAACAUCAGGGUGAGUUCACAAGUUAUACUAUACAGGUCCCCAACAUCAGGGUGAGUUCACAAGUUAUACUAUACAGGUCCCCAACAUCAGGGUGAGUUCACAAGUUUUAGUAUACAGGUCCCCAACAUCAGGGUGAGUUCACAAGUUGUAUUAUACAGGUCCCCAACAUCAGGGUGAGUUCACAAGUUGUAUUAUACAGGUCCCCAACAUCAGGGUGAGUUCACAAGUUGUAUUAUACAGGUCCCCAACAUCAGGGUGAGUUCACAAGUUAUAUUAUACAGGUCCCCAACAUCAGGGUGAGUUCACGAGUUAUACUAUACAGGUCCCCAACAUCAGGGUGAGUUCACGAGUUAUACUAUACAGGUCCCCAACAUCAGUGUGAGUUCACGAGUUAUACUAUACAGGUCCCCAACAUCAGGGUGAGUUCACGAGUUAUACUAUACAGGUCCCCAACAUCAGGGUGAGUUCACGAGUGAUAUUAUACAGGUCCCCAACAUCAGGGUGAGUUCACGAGUAAUAUUAUACAGGUCCCCAACAUCAGGGUGAGUUCACGAGUUAUAUGAUACAGGUUCCCAACUUCAGGGUGAGUUCAUGACUUAUAUUAUACAUGAUCACGCUUAAACCAAAUAAUUCAUUGUAGACUUUGUUUAGAAUGCAGUGACCUCAACGCUCAUAGAUAUACAAGACAUAUUUAUGAUAAUUCCAUUUGUAGCUGUGGGCAUCUAUAUGAAGAUACGUUAUAUUUCCUAUUUGUCUGUUCUCUGUAUGAUAACAUUCCUACCACACAGGGUUCGUACUGGUCCUUAAAAACCUACAAAGUACUUAAAUUUAUGAUUUCAAAAAUGAAGUACUUGAAAGUCAUUAAAAUUUGUGGUUAAUGGCCAAAUGUCAUGAAAAGUCAUGAAAAUAUAGUUUCCUGACAAUUUGAAAUCAAAUGUUUUAUUUCAUAAUCUUGGUUUGCAAAUAAAAGUUAUUUCGUAGAUCACUUGCACAGUUCAAGUCGCAUUUUCGAUCCGAUAAUACCAUCCUUCCGAACGCCAUUCCGAGUAUAACCGAGGUUGCUUCGUGCUUACUUCGAACGAGCUCGGUGAACACCGGUCCGAGUGUAACCGAAGUUGCUUCGUGCGUACUUCGAAGGAGCUCAGUGAACUACGUCAGCUGCCAUCUUUUCUAUGUCAGUCUCGUCAAAUUUGUUUGACAAUACAUCGCCUUUCAUCCAAUAGAGGACUAGGUCACCAAGAAGAAUGCCCGGACAGUGUCAUUUCCAGGCAUCGUGGCUCGAUAUCCCCGACUUCAAGGAUUGGUUGCAGAAAGUUGUGAGGGAUGCUCGUUGCAUUGUGUGUGUGAAGACGAUUUCAUUGAAAAAUCAAGGAAUUACGGCAUGUAAAAUUCAUGUGAAAGGCCAGAAACACAAUAAAGCUAUGGAAGACAAGCGUAAAACCAUCCCAGGGUUCUUUUCUCCACGUUCAACAUCUGAGACAGUGACCACUAUUGCACAAUACAGCUUACCUAGUUCCAAGCCUGCUGAACCUUCAACCUCCAUUGGUGAUGCGUCUCUAAUGGCCCCUAGACCUCUUGUUUGUGGUAACCAAACAUUGAAAGCUGAGAUUCUGUGGGCGCUGAAGUGUGUGGACUCUCAUUUUUCAUUCCAUUCAUGUGAACACAUUUCGGAUAUUUUUAAACAGAUGUUCCCGGGUGACCCUCUUGCACAAACCUUCAGCUGUGGGGAGACCAAAUGUCGUUAUAUCUGUCAGUUUGGCAUAGCUCCAUACUUUCAUGGGUUGUUGAAAGAAUCCGCUAGGGCUGAUGGUGAUUAUGUCCUUUUGUUUGAUGAAUCUCUCAACAAAGUAAAAAAAAAUAAGCAGAUGGAUAUCCUCCUCCGACUAUGGCAUCAUGACCAGGUGCGAUCCAGAUACUUCACAUCAAAAUUCAUUGGCCAUGCCUCUGCACAGGACAUGCUUGAUCAUUUCAAUUCGGCAAUAGAGGAUCUCAAUCAUACUGGCAUCCUCCAAGUAUCCAUGGAUGGGCCAAGUGUCAAUUGGUAAUUUUUUGACAAAUUCAGUAAUCAGAUAAAAGAAUACCAGGACUCGGAAUUGAUAAACCUUGGGAGUUGUGGACUUCAUGUUUUGCACGGUGCCUUUCAGGCAGGAUGUCAUGAAACAGGUUGGAAAGUGGAUGAUCUUUUAUCCAGUAUGUACCAUCUGUUCAAAGACUGCCCUGCUCGAAGGGAGGAUUAUGCAAAGGCCACAGAGAGCUCAGAUUUCCCUCUGAAAUUUUGCAAGCACAGGUGGCUUGAAAAUGGCCCUGUUUCCAGUCGUGCCAUCAGUAUCUGGGAGAGUAUGAAAACCUAUGUCAUAGCCGUUGAUAAAAAGAAGGUUUCACGUCCUGCUAACAAUUCUUAUUCAGUUGUUAGUGGUGCCAUGAAGGACCCAUUGAUAAUUGCCAAACUUUAAUUUUUUAACUCUGUCAGUAGAGAAGUUGAGCCUUUUCUUAAGCAAUAUCAAACGGACAAAGUCAUGAUCCCUUUUCUUGUUAGCGAUUUGGAGAAGCUGAUGAGAAAUUUGAUGGAAAGCUUUAUUGAAGGUGGAGUGCUUGAAGCUCCUCAGUCUGUUAAUGAACUACUUAAAAUUGAUUUGUCGAAAAACACCUGAACAACAAAAACAUUCAGAUUGGGUAUAAAGCAGCAAGUGAGCUAAAGAAACUUAAAUCAUCUAAAGACAUCAGUGAGCUUCAGGCAUUUGAAUUUAGAGACCAGUGUAAGAAGCUUUUGGUUAAGUUGGUCGAAAAAGUCAAUGAGAGGUCCCCAUUGAAAUAUUCCAUUGCUCGCAACUUGUCAUGCUUAGACCCCAGACUCAUAGUCAAACAGGGUGAAAGUUCCAAAUUGAAAAUGAGAAGAUUAUUGGAGUUACUGGUGAAGUAGAAUCGUGUUCAUGAAGACGAUAUUGAUGAUUUGAACCGCCUGUACAGUGAAUUAUUGGAGUUACUGGUGAAGUAGAAUCGUGUUCAUGAAGACGAUAUUGAUGAUUUGAACCGCCUGUACAGUGAAUUAUUGGAGUUACUGGUGAAGUAGAAUCGUGUUCAUGAAGACGAUAUUGAUGAUUUGAACCGCCUGUACAGUGAAUUAUUGGAGUUACUGGUGAAGUAGAAUCGUGUUCAUGAAGACGAUAUUGAUGAUUUGAACCGCCUGUACAGUGAAUUAUUGGAGUUACUGGUGAAGUAGAAUCGUGUUCAUGAAGACGAUAUUGAUGAUUUGAACCGCCUGUACAGUGAAUUUGUGAGGGAUGUUGUCAGUGGUGAUGAGAUCAGAAAAAUUUUGCUUCUUUCCCAUGGGCAAGCCUCAGUGGAGAGGGGCUUCUCCGUUAACAGGCAAAUUGAAAUGGAAAACAUGUCUGGGGGCAUGAAUGUUGCAUUGCGGACAAUUUCUGACUAUUUGUCAUAUGUUGGUGGUAUUUUUAAUGUUAACAUGACCAAACAGCUCCUCUGUUCAGUGUCGGGUGCACGACACAGGUACCAUCAAUAUUUAGAGGAAGAAAAACGUAAGAAGUGUCAGGAAGUGAUGAAUCUGAAACGAAAAGCUGCAACAGUUGAAAUUGACCUGCUCAGAAAAAAAAGCAAGACUCUUGACUCUGACAUCUGUGCACUGGAAAAAUCUGCUGUUAGUUUUGCAGAUCAAGCAGAGAAAACUCAGGGUGCAACUAGCCACUCACUUAUUGUAAAGUCCAAUGCCAUGAGGCGUUCUGCAGAUGAAAAAAAGGCAGACUUAAAAUUACUUCUUUCAGAUAUUGACUACAAGACCAAACAACUUGGUUAAUCCCAUCAUGAUUGUUCUUUCUUCAACCAUUUCCUGACCAUUUGUCAGAAAAACACAUUACCUGGUAUGUAACCUGAUGGUGAUAAUUUGAUUUAGUUGUGUUACAUUUAUUUCACAAAUUCUACUAAUUGUGCAGUUGCAUCAAUUUGGAAUCAACUGAUGCUGUUCAUCUUAGUGUAUUACCUAGGAUUUAGGUAGGGGUUUGUAAAUUGAACUAUAUUGAGGCAUUCUGUUGACUUUCGAGCAUUUUCAGGGAACAUUAUUUUCGUAAAGGAAAUUUAUACAAUUAUUAUUUAAAUUGAUUUAAUUAAGUCUAAUUAUGGUGUUUAAUGGUGGGGUUGGGAAAUAUUUUAAUAAAAUAUAAUUUUCUGCAGUUUUACAAAGAUAAUUUACAAAACCAUUGGGGCAAGGCUUGUUUUAGCCUGGGGACAGCAUGGUUAUACAUUUCCUUGGUGGAAGGGUGGCGCGGAUAUAUCAAGGCAUGGUGGCGCACCAUGCUAUAAUGGCCUAGGGAAAAAUCUACAUCUGUUCUUACUAAAUGUUUCAAUUUCAAUAAACAUGUACCCAUCA